CUUAUUAACAGCAAUUUUCUUUUUAUUAUGUCAAUGACUGUUUUCGAAACAUUUUUGAAUACUUUAAAGGGAUAUUCUUUUAAAAUUUCAAUAGAUCAACAAUAUCGAUUUGAAAAAUUAAAUGGAUUCGUAGUUUUGGGGCUAAUAUUUUUAUUUCAACUGAAGAUUUUUUCGAUUAUUUGGGGUUCCUACAAUGCAAUAAAAUUUGAGCAAAUAACAAAAAAAUUGGCUGAAGAAUUAGAGAAUAUUAAAAUUGAGGAGAAUAACAAGAAAAUAUCUACUUUAAAUACAUCCAAAAUAGUUAAUGAUGAAAAAUUUAUUAUGCCUUGA